CGACGCGUGCGCCUCGCAGCCGCGCUUCAAACACACGACGAAUACAAAUACACAAUACACACCAAUACAAUAACAAGAAAUUAAAAUUACAAAAAAAACUCGAAAAAAACACAUAUAUAAAUACAUAUACAUAUAUAUUCAACUAUUUUUAGCGUAUUACUGAUGUGACAGUGCAAUGAAAUGUGUGCAACAGCAAUAACAACAACAGCAAAGAUAUCGAAAUACUAACAACCUGUCGUUGUCGCUGGCAAAGCGUUAACAAUAAAUAAGCGAAACAAUAGCAGCAGCAACAACAACAACAACGACAACAACAACGACGACAACAGUUGACUGUACAACAAUGAGCAGAGAAGGCAGUCGCAGCUAUCGUGGGACUUUCUAGAGACAACAACGGUCCACAGAGAUACCCAAAACUGAGCAGACCCACAGAACAGCAGCAGCCGCAGCAGCCGGAGCAGGCAGAGCCAAAGUCAGAGACGAAGUCGGAGACGAAGUUGGAGACGGAGACGGAGACAGAGCCAAGCAGCAGACAAAGCGCCAGGCAGAGCAGGGCGCAGUUCUAGCAAAAUGCACGAGAGACGCGUCAAGAAACUGAAGGGCGGCCAUUAUGUGGCCACACACGGGAGGCUGACGCCGGAUCCGCCGUAUGUGCACUCGAAUCGCGGCUAUUCGACGGACGGCGACGACUCGCACUCGCAUCGGGCGCACUCGGAGUACACGCUCGCCCACGAGCGCAUCUCGCCGCAGUCGCAUUCCCAGUCGCAGUCGCAGGGCCAUUACAAUUCGUCGCGCAAGUCGCGCGCCACGAACGGACAGCAACACCUGCAGCACGGCUACAGCCACAGUCAGAUGGGCCUCUCCAGCACGCCGGACAACGGCGGUCCACGAUCGCUGAGCGGGCCGCCGCCCACGCGCCAACCGCCGCGCGCCCCCUCCGCCCUGAGCUACGAUCAGGCGGGCGAUGCGGGCAGCGAUAUCUAUGUGACCAGUGCCGCCUACAAGGCGCCCUCCGAGAUCAGCCGCUACAGCCAGCGUCCGGUGUCGCGCGGAGCACCGCGCAGCGUCUACUCGGUGGCCAGCACGGCGAAGACGGGCCGGAGCGGCCGCUCGACAACGAAACGUGGCGCCAAGAUCGAGACGAUGUCGGCGCCAAAUCCGUUCUGCCCGAAUGUGAAGGGCGUCUGCUGUCUGAUGCUGCUGCUCAAUCUCGGGCUCAUACUGGUCACCCUCGGCUUUGUCAUUGUGGUGCAGUUCUAUGAGCCCGUCUACGUCUGGAUAUUGGGCAUCAUAUUCCUCAUCUUUGGAUUUCUCACGCUGAUCGGCUGCAUGAUCUACUGCGUGUACGUGUGCCGGGACGCAAAGACCCCAUCGCAGGUGCGCAACGAGGAUCUAUAUUGGACGCGACACUGGCAAAAGAAUAUUGGUUAUACGCCGCAGGAGAUCAACUACAAGGCGGACAAAUAUGAUGCCUACUCGGAUCGCUAUUCGGUCAGCAAGCUGAGCGGCAAAUAUUCGGAUCGCGAGAGUCAGCGCUACUGAUGAGGCGAGGGGAGAAGGGGGAGAAUAUCUUGGAAUAUCUAUGGCAAACACAUACAACUAAUUACUGAAGCGAGGGCCGACCGAUAAGUAGUUGAGAAUAGGAUAGAGCUGUGUUUUGCAACCGGCUGUUAAAUUUGCCAGGCACCGCCUUAUCGAUCGAUAACUAAUCGAUAUGGUGCUAGAGAUGGCACUUGGCACAAAUACUUAUUAGCCAGCGCCCUCGCACAACGCACAACAUUAAAACAAAAAAAAAAACAAAAAACAAAAAAGAAGAUAAACUGGCGCAUGUCUAUAACUUAAAUAACUAGAUAAUAGUCUUAAACGGUUUAUUAACAAG